GAGUAAGGCGACAGGAGAGUGGUGGGUGAAGGGCAGAGGGAGCGAAGGUGGGGGACGGAGAGCGGUGGGUGAAGGGGUAGCCGGAGCGAAGGUGGGGGACGGAAAGCGGUAGGUGAAGGGGCAGCGGGCGACUGGAGAACUGGAGCAGAGCCAGAAUGAAGGCUGACAGAAACAUGCUGAGGCUCGCUGUGGUGCAGCACCUCCGAGACUACGGGAUCAAAGUGAAACACUGGAACAGGAUCAACUGCAACAGUCGGCCGCUGGGCCGGGACAAGAAAAUAAUGUACAAUGGCGUGUUUGGCACCCCUCUGCAUGCUCUACCACAAUGCACUCUCCUUGAACAUACCAGCAUUCCUCAGUUUCUUGUCGAUGCCUGCAGCUAUUUAGAAAAGCACAUUCACACAGAAGGACUCUUCAGAAAAUCUGGAUCUGUGACUCGUCUUAAAGCUUUAAAGGCUAAAGUGGAUCAAGGUGAAAAAUGUCUUACUCUGGCGCCCCCUUGUGAUGUGGCAGGACUGGUAAAACAAUUUUUUCGGGAGCUGCCUGAGCCUGUAAUUCCAGUGGAAUUGCAUGAAGCCUUCUUCAGAGCACAACAGCUACAAAACGAUGAGAAGAUUUCUGCCACAAUCCUUCUUUCCUGUUUGCUACCUGAGAAAACUAUCGAUACGUUGCACUAUUUCCUGAAUUUCCUUAAAAAUGUGUCCCUCAGGUCAAAAGAUAACAAAAUGGAUGCUAGUAAUCUUGCUGUGGUGUUUGCACCCAAUCUAUUCCAUUCUGGAGAUGGAAGUGAAAAAGUUACCUCAUUUGCAGAGAAGCGACUUCACCUUCAAGCUGCAACAGUGCACACAAUGAUUGAAAAUUUUGAAGGCAUUGGUUGUGUUCCAGAGUUCAUCUUGGAAAAAAUUCCAGCAAUGUUUGGUGAUGGUGUAGCGUCUACUACACCUUCGUUAGAAAACUUGGAAGACGGAGAUGGUUCAAGAAUGGAGGAGUGCAAAAGACGAAGGCGUCGGAGUGUUGGAGAUAUUGUUAGUGGAGCACUAAGUAAACUUAAAUCAAAUAGAACACCUUCUGCUACUCCUCACCCUGAUGCAUCUGAAACCUCUUCAGGAACUCCAGUAAUUAAAACUCCAACAUGGAAACGGAAACUACUGGUAGAUUCUUCACAAAGCCUUGGAUUUUCAAACAAAAAAAGGCGAUCACUCAGACACAAUAUAGCUUUGGAACUAUUACCCAGUGGCUUUCUUAGCCAGAAUUGUACACCAUCGUCGGUUGGGAUCAGGAAAAAUGAUGGUAGCCCACAAGUGUCGCUGGAAUCAUUGCAAGGUCCUCUGUUGCUAUCUACUGGAAGUGCUACAGUUCAGUCAACUGCAUCAACUCAGCAGCGAAAAAGUAAAAGACUAGAAAACAAAAGAGUGGAAAGGUUGGAAUCUGGAAAAGUUAGUUGCUUUUCUCCUAAACUUAAUCGCAAAGAAAUAGUCCGCAAGUCCUUGCGUUUGAGAUUUAGCCUUGGAAAAAGCAAAGACGCAAAUACCUUCUCCUCUGGAGUCCCAGCACCUAAUGGUUCAGAAAACAUUGGCUGGCGACUUGCAAAUCAAAAUGACAGUUACAGCCACAACUGGUUCUCAGCAGAAGAUCUCCCAUUUACCUUGGGUGGAAGGGACAAAGAUGCGAAGGGUUGGAAGCGCAGAAGUAAAUCAGAAGAAAAUCUUCUUACUCCACUGUGCAAUAAAGAUGCAUAUCGAAUGUCUUGGAAUGGUGCUAGUCCUACAGAGUCCCAAAUAACAUGCGACCAUGUGGAAAUGGGAACCACAUUAGAGAGUUAUCUAAAUUCCAAAGGCUGUCAAUCAGAACCUGCACUAAUAGUUGGAAAACCACCCACUGUGCCAGGGGAUUUGCACAAUCGGAAUGUGUCUCAGAACAACAGCAGCAAAAAGAGCAGUGAUUCUUUAAAUGAGGGUGGUCAGACUGGAGAAACUGUGCUGAAAAUUAAAAAGGCAUUUUCUGAAUCGGGAAGUAACCUCUGUUCAUUGAUUGGUAGCCACAAAUGUUCCACUGGAAUUGAUUUAUGUGAAAAUAAUUUGCUUUCUCAGCAGGCUCCCAGUACAUCUACUCUUCUUCAAGCUGAUCGAUCAUCAGACGGUCUAUCAGAUUGGUCAUCCUCCGAAUUGCCAUCCCAACCUGUUACAAAUUUAUUACUCGAAAAUGUUAAAAUAAACCCAUGCCCAACUGACGUGAGCAAGACACCUGGGAUGAUCAAUGAUCUAAAUUGCAUUAGUAGUUUGGAUCAGCAGGAGAAAAAUGGAAUUGCUGUUCUACAAAACAAAAGCAUGUCUUUUCUCCCUUUAGUUGAAGAUCCUAUUAAAUUAGACAAAAAGUGUGUUACAGCAUUUUCAUUACCAGGACUGCCAUCCCCUGAGGAAGUGACGUCAAACAAUAAAGAAAAGAAAGAACAGGAUGAAAAUAGUAUUCCUGUAGAGAAGUUAACUGUCCCAACAUCUUCAGGCACAGGUGAUGGUCACCAUCCGUUUGAAUUGCACCAGUCUGUAUUCCUGGCCAAUGAAUUGGGACCUACUUUAACUAAGAGGGAUGACAGCUCGAUUUCUACUCAAGCUUUAGAAUUCCCAUCAAAGAUGCCUACUUUGGAUAUUCCUUUGAGCAAGGUUUCAGCAGAAGCCGUGCCAGAGACCGAAUGUAGUCGUCACCUCAAAGUAGUGGAACAUAUUCAGCGAUUUAAUAGUCUUUCAUUAAAUGAUCAAACUCCAAAAUAUAAAACCAUCAUAUCACCUUUAAAGUUCAAACGUACCCCAGUAAGUCAGUCUGUUAGAAGAAUGAAUGCAUUAUCGUCUGGCAAUGAGAAGUUAGUAGCAAGCAGGACCAGAUCAUGUAAAGUUGCACUUGGUUCUCCAAAGGUUAAACCAUUAAGUCUUGAAAGUGGUUUGUCAUUUAAUCCAAAUUCAUUAACAUUGAAACAAAAUUUUAGUAUUAAGCAAAGUAAAUACAGAAAUGUUGCACGUCAAAAUAAUUCAUCUACUGAAGGAUUGUGCAAAACUGAAUUAGCAACACAUACAAAACAUUCUGCUGCAUUUAAGGAAAAGAAUUUAGGUAGCCAGCAGAAGAACUCUGAUCAAAAAGUCAACCAGUCAGUUUUUGAGGAUUGGACUAAUAGGAAAAUAUCAAGAAUUCAUCUAGCUAAUUGUGCGCUGCCAAAGCACGAUGUAGUCACUGAAGCGUCUGCUGCAACUCCAGAAAGAUCCUCUUCUAAUGCUAUGCUGCAUAAGCUUUCAGAGAAAGAAAAAAAUCAAUACAAAGGUUCACCAAAGUGCCCCAUAUCAACAACAAAACUCUCAACUAAAGCCAUAGACUUAUAAAUAUAUGUGAAAACAUUUUUUCCUCAUUCUGCAUUGCUGCUGUUCGAUGCUUCCAAUUGCACAAGUUGUUUUCCUUAAGUUAAUUUUAUUGUUGACUUUUAGGUUAUAAUUACUUGGAAUGCUGGAAUUUCUUAAAUUUAAAUUGUGUAACUAUUUUCUGAAUAUAAUGAACAAUUUUUAUACCUGGGUAAUAUCCUUUUGCAAGUAUUUCAAAAUAUUAUGCUGUAAACUUAAAAUGAACUACUCUCAAGUGCUUAGUCAACUAAUAGUUUUAUUCAAUUUUACGUUGAUAGCUUAAUGCUUUUUACCUUACUGUGUAAAUCUCUUAAGGUUUUAUUAACACUUAUCAAUAAAAUGAUGUGAAAAAUUGAAAAAAAUCAUUAUAAAAAAUUCAGCUACUCAAGGGUAUCCAAAAUUAUACUAAUGUAUAUUAGCUGGUUAACUAGCUGGGCUUUGUCUUGCCAUUCUGAUUCUAUUUAAAAUUAUUUUUCACUGAUAUUGAAAUCUUCUCAUCCAGAAAUCCUGUUAAGCACUUUUAGUUGUUAUACUGUAGUUCAGUACAAUUUAUUGUACUAUUGCUUUGAACAGAAUACUUUAAGUACUCUAUACUGUUAAAGAAAAACACGCAAAAAUCUUUCAACUUUUUACAGCCAAUUCUGUUGGGUUUAACUUAAUACUGUAAUAAUUGUAGUAUGAUUGUUGCCAGUUGAUAGAAGAGAAUAAAUGUAAACAGUAAGAAACUGUUCAUAUACAGACAAAAAAUAAAUUAUGGUAAGGAAAUGUUUACAACUUUUGACAUGAAUGGAGCAGAAUUUGAAAUAAAAUAUGCU